UUACUUGAAUGUUGAGCCGGGCCAUAAUGCCUCUUUGGCGUCACCGUCUGCCAUACCCUUAUUCCUCCCUGAUUCAACUCCGACACCUAGUGGUGCUCGCAAACUACACAGCCCACCAACUACUUUCGCUCUUUAAUGACUUAUAUCUCUUUGGUCCUUUCCGCAUCAGUUUUUCCAUUUUCGCCCCCGAACCUCGAUCAUUAACCGUAACAACGUACGACUAUCGCAAAGACAAGACAAUAUCGUGGCGGCAGAUGGAUGCCACCCGUCGUGCGACACCGCAAUUACAUGGAUCCUUUUAUGCAGCCUGGCGGCCCUCAUGACCAGUUGUUUAACGGCGACGUCCUCGAAGGCACCGGAAUCGGCACCUAUGAUGAGGAGCCUGAUCGCAGUAGGCGCCCGUCUGGCGCCUCGAUGCACACGCCGCCCUCGUCUCCUCCGAGCAGUCCGCCCCUCAGCUUCGCUCCGAGGGGCACGGUGACAGCAAGGAAUAUACGGAACCGCCUGAGUAUACAUAUUCCGAAAGUCGCCAACGACGUACAGAAAGUCGUAAACAAGACGGUCGACAGUCGCAAGGCCAAGAAAUUCCUCGAGGUGCUCAAACACACCAUCACCACAUCACGGCUAUUGACGCCGGAGCCCUCAUUUGGGCCCCUUACUGGGGUAUCCCUGCCGAUAAUAGUGCCGGGAGCCAUUGAUGAAAACAACAUCUACAGCAGUCCGUGGUCAGCCAAUGGCGCCAUUGUCGCCGCUGCCCUCGGUCUCGGUUUCGCCUGCCUCUGUCGUUGGUUCUUUGUCGGCGGUGUCUUGAGGAUAACAUUAUGGCGGGCCAUCGUAGCGGCCGUCUUGGUUCUGUUGGUCGUCUUAAUUACUAGGGUGUAUAUGCGACGUCAAUGGCUCGAAUACAUUACAGAACAGACAGCGGCGCAGGCGAACGCUUUUAGUCAGCUUUCGGAGGAGUUUGACAGCGCCGCCGGUGCGGCUUGUAAUUUCAUUAUGGAAGUGGAGCUCAUCGCCCGAGGUUACCGAAUCUCUCUGCCGCUACCACCCGUCAGUCGUUUCGAAGACCAGACCGUGGCCAACGGACAAAGUCUUAAGAGCGUGAAGACGAGGAAAGCUCUGCUUCACGAGCUUAAGCAUGCCGGCGUUACUUUCCACGGGAUGGCGGAGAAGAUCCGAGAGCUCUCCAACGAGGACGAGUUGAUGCAACUCGACGCAUUCUACGGCUUCUCCAAGACGAUGGUGGAGGAAGCACUCGAAAGUCUACAGCAAUGCGACCCGGAGCAGCCGUGGAAAACCUACGAGAUCAGAGAAUUUCACCAUGUGGUCCAGGAACUCCGCAAGAUGAUGCUGCUCGGCUUGAUUGCGAUAGACGGGAAGAGUACCGAGGCUGAGUUCUUCACCUUUACGCUCGCGUUGGAGAGUCUUCGCCGAGCCAACGAGGUGACCCGGACGGCUUGCUGCAACAUCAAGAAGAUGCUUUUGAAUGACGAGACAUUCGCGAAUAUAACAUCUCCAAAACUUCCGCAAACCCCAGAACACAAAAACUGGCGGAUGCAGGUGCGGAAGAUUGGAAGUAUGAAUAUGAGUAUUCGUAGCUUGCAAGCUAAAAUGGCUCUUCUGGCGGAGGAGUCGACCGAGAUCAUCUCCACGUCCGACGACUUAUCGGGCCUUGGCACCAUGUUCAUGGCCCAAUACGAAACUAUAGGCAAAGAUCUACGCGCUUUGAUGGAUGAAUGGGAAGCAGGCAAAGCAGGCUUAUCAGUAGGCAUGAACAAAGCCGAGCGACGGGUAUCGUCCAGGAGCUUCAUCAUGUCUCCCAUCAGUUCUAGCGAGAUGGCGUCCGUGUCUGAAGAGGGUGGCCGAGAAGAUGCUCUCAAGGCUCUCAACGGAGGCUCUUCCCCGCCUAGCUCAGUCGACCCCAGCAGUCCCGUAAGCCUGCCGCAACCCGAAAUCGUCUUCGAAGCUAUCGCCUUGCAAGAGAAACCGCGGAGCCUCAUGUCUCGCGCCGAGAGAAUCGCCAAGGUCAAGGCAGACCGAGAGGCUAGAGAAACAGCCAAGGAGAGGCCCCCAAUCAAUGGUUACGUAUUAGGGGAGCUGAAGAACGUCCUGGACAACCGGAAGAAAGCUCGCCAGUCCAUGCCGAACCUGACGAGGACGCCCGCGGUGUAAUGUAUCCCAUCCGCGGGCUUACCGCGGCCUACAAAUGCCGCAGCUUCACAACGGCUUUCCUAAUGUAUUACGGAUGGGGUAUAAAGGUUCCCAUGGAUUGGCUUAUGGCGCGAUAGGGUAUAGAAUUGGUGUUUUU